UGUUGCCAAAUCAGGCCAAACCUUGCAAAGACUAGUCAGGUCUAGGUUAUAUUCCAACCCUAACCAAAAUGUAUAAAAACAAACUCAAAACAACCUUUCGCAUAGCUCAUCGUUCCCCAACUUCGUCUCUUUCAGUAAAUUCUCUCAAAAAAUAAUAUUGUUUUGUUAUCAAUCAUUGUUACAAGACCAUCGAUCUUUCAUUGCUCUUCAAUUUGACAAUUAACAGGUGAUUGAUUGAGGCGUAACAUAACAUGUUAUCAGAUUUGCAAAGACCAGUCUAGGUUAUUCAUUCCAACCCUAAUCAAUUUUAGGGUUUUUUGGAAUCUGAGUAAGACGAAAAUUGUGUUCGAGUUUUCGUUAGAAAGAGAAGAUGAAUUUUCAGGUUGCAAGUGAUCCGGAAUAUUUUGACAAGAAUUGGAACAUUCUACAACUUGCAAUUUGUGAGAUAUUCAAAUGCUACCACAACGCUAGGCAUCUUAGUUUCGCAGAGCUUCACAGACAUGCUUAUUAUAUGGUUCUUUACAAUUUUGGUGAGAAGCUAUACUCUGGGCUAGUUACCACCAUGACUUCUCAUCUCAGAGAGAUAGCUAGAUCUCUUGAAGACACUCAAGGAAUUUCGUUCCUGGAAGAAUUUAACACGAAAUGGAAUGAUUAUAAUAAGUCGUUAGCAUUUCUUAGGGACAUUCUGAGGUACAUGGAAAGGACUUAUAUCCCAAGCACAAAAAAGACUCCUGUUUAUGAACUUGGUCUGAACCUGUGGAGAGAAAAUGUUAUUUAUUCAAACCAGAUAAGGACUCGACUGUCGAAUACGCUUUUGGAGUUUGUAUUCAAGGAGCGUGCCGGGGAAGAUGUUAACAGAGAACUGAUUAGAAAUGUUACAAAGAUGCUAAUUGAUUUAGGUCCUUCUGUUUAUGAGCAAGAAUUUGAGACUCCUUUUCUGCAAGUUUUAGCUGAAUCUUACAAGGCUGAAUCUGAGAAAUAUAUUGAGUGCUGUGACUGCGAGGAUUAUCUCAAGAAAGUUGAGAGGUGCCUGACUGAGGAAACGGAUAGAAUUCAUUACUUGGACCCUAAGACUGAAAAGAAAAUUAUUAAUGCGAUCGAGAAGGAGAUGAUUGAAAAUCCCAUGCUGAGAUUAAUCAAUAUGGAGAACUCUGGGUUUGUAAACAUGCUUUGUGGUAAUAAAUAUGAAGAUUUGGAAAGAAUGUAUAACUUGUUCCGUCGUGUUCCUGAUGGUCUCUUAAAAAUACAAGAAGCGAUGAUCUCACACAUUCGAGUGUCCGUUGACAAGCUUGUUACUGAUCCAAAGAGGUUGGAGGAUCCUGUUGAAUUUUUGCAGAGGCUCUUGGAUGACAAAGAUAAAUACGACAAGAUUAUAAACAUGGCAUUUAGUAAUGACAAGUUUUUACGGAAUGCUUUUAAUUCCUUAUUUGAAUUUUUCACUAACUUGAAGUUGGAAAAGGCAUUGAAGUUGGAAGCUUUCUAGAAACUUCCUCUACGUCUUAGAGUGUGAACUAUCAGAACUGCGAAGUAUUUGAAAUAAACGAAUUGCAUACUCAGAUUUUUUGAGUUGGUUGGUUGGGGGAGAUAUAAUUUGUACAAGUUUAGUUUUUGAACUUAAACUCAAGUCAAAAUGGAUGAUAAAUUGAUAAUGGAAGGUUCAAUUAUAU